AUGGCGUCGACAUUUAUGCAACAGUUCACCAGAAAGACGAAGGACGUAGCGAAACGGUCGACGAAGAGGUACGUGGAGGAAGCGCUGUACAGAAACCUCCUCAAAGAAGGGAGCGAAGAAGAAAGCGUAAGGCAACAAUUGAACCAGUUCUUGAAGUCCCAUAAAAGUGCUUUCAAAUGGGAGGUGGAUCAUUCCAUCAAACUUCUUCGUCAACGCCACCUCUAUGGCCCUGCACUCAAGCUUUCAGAGACUAUGAAAAAGAGGGGAAUGAACAAGACAACUAGUGAUGAAGCUAUACAUCUUGAUCUCAUCGCAAAAACUAGGGGCAUUGCCUCAGCAGAAACAUAUUUUGUUACUCUUCCGGAUACAUCAAAGAAUCAUUUAAUCUAUUGUGCUCUCUUGAACUGUUACUGCAAAGCUUUGAUGGUCAGGAAAGCGGAGGCGUUAAUGGAGAAGAUGAAAGAACUUAAUUUAGAAUUGACGGCUAUGCCUUAUAAUAGUUUGAUGACUCUCUACACAAAAAUUGGUCAGCCUGAAAAAGUCUCCUCCAUGAUCCAAGAGAUGAAAGACAGUAACAUAAUGCCAGAUUCUUUUACGUAUAAUGUUUGGAUGAGGGCUCUUACUGCUGCCAAUGAUAUUAAUGGGGUUGAGAGGGUUAUUGACGAGAUGAAGAGGGAUGGUCGAGUUUCUUCAGAUUGGACAACAUACAGCAACUUAGCAUCAAUCUAUGCUGAUGCUGGCUUAUUUGAUAAAACAGAGAAGGCACUUGUGGAAUUGGAGAAGAAAAAUGAUCGGCGAGAUCUGUCUGCAUACCAGUAUUUAAUCACAUUAUAUGCCCGCACUGGAAAUAUUCGUGAAGUCUACCGAGUCUGGCGCUCCUUGAGACUUGCUUUUCGUAAAACGGCAAACAUUAGCUAUCUGAAUAUGAUUCAAGCGUUGGUUAACCUUAACGAUUUACCAGGCGCUGAGAAAUGUUUCAGGGAGUGGGAAUCUGGGCAGCCAACUUAUGAUAUCCGUAUUGCAAAUGUUCUCAUUGGAGCUUAUUUAAAAAAUGGUUCGUUGGAGAAGGCUGAAGAACUCAAGGAAAGGGCCCGUAGAUGUGGGGCAAAGGCUAAUGCCAAAACUUGGGAGAUUUUCCUUCAUCAUUAUCUCCAGAGCGGAGAUAUAAAAUUAGCUCUGGAGUGUAUUCAGAAUGCCAUUUCAAUUGGUAGAGGUGAUGGUUCUAAGUGGGUUCCUCCCUCAGCAGUUGUGACAGAAUUUAUGGAACACUUUGAGCAAACCAAGGAUGUUGAUGGUGCAGAAGGUUUUCUAGAGGUUUUGAAACAGUCUGUAGAAGCAUUAGAUCUGAAUGUAUUUGAGACAUUGCUGAGAACGUAUGCAGCUGCUGGAAGAACGAGCCCUGCCAUGCGCUACCGGAUCAAGAUGGAAAAUGUGGAGUUAAGUGAGGAAGGUAAAAAGUUGCUCGAAGUCAUCUGUGUAGAGUGA